UCUGCCUAAUAUAAACGCAUAAGUAGCUUGGUAACGGCCAUAGGAGUAGUGUCUAAAAAUCUGAUGGUGUUGCUUUAACCCUUCUUUAAUUGGCGACAAUUCCAAAACAGUAUAAUAAUGAGCCCGUACAAACGAAAGAGCGAUAGAGUACUAAAAUUUACGCAAGAAAUGUUAAAUAUGGCAGCCGAUAGAAUAUCAAAGGGAGAGAGUAAAAGAUCGGUUGCAAAGGCAUUGGGGGUAAAUGAAUGUACUCUAAGGAAGAGGUUGCGUGAAGGCACUGUUCCAACUAGCUUGGGUAGAUUUAAACCAAUAUUUUCGAAAGCACAAGAAAAAGAAUUGGCGGAUCAUAUUCGCGAUCUGGAGGCGAGAUUUUACGGACUUCGUAUGAAGGAUGUUAGAUCACUAGCUUUUCAAUACGCGAAACUAAACCACAUUUCUCAUAGGUUUAACGAACAAAAUUUAAUGGCAGGGAAACAUUGGGCACAGGACUUUGCUGCUAGAAAUCGUUUAUCUUUAAGAGCUCCAGAAAAAUGUAGUUUAGGUCGGGCUACAGGAUUUAAUAAAGUCCAGUGUGACAGAUUUUUUAAAAAUUUAAAACUUGUCUACGAAAAAACAAAAGUGCUGUCACACAGAAUUUUUAAUAUGGACGAGACGGGACUUUGUACUGUUCCAAACAAGCUCCAUAAAAUUUAUGCAGUAAAGGGCAAAAGAACAGUAUCAAAAAUAGUGUCAGCCGACAGAGGUCAAUUAGUUACUGCAGUAUGCUGUAUGAGUGCCUCUGGUACCUGGGUACCGCCAGGUUUAAUAUUCGCUAGAAAGCGUAUGAAAGAAGAACUUUUUUAUGGGGCACCUCCAGGUACACUGAAGAUGAUAUCUGAUUCUGGGUAUAUGAACACAGAAUUAUUUCUAGUUUGGUUGCACCAUUUUUCAACCUUUGUUAAACCUUCCGAGUCGGAUCCUGUAGUUUUAAUUAUGGACAACCAUAUUUCACAUUGCUCUCUGGAAGCAGUUUUAUUUGCGAGGAGCCAUUUUAUUACACUUUUAACAUUACCACCCCACGGAAGUCAUAAGCUUCAGCCUUUGGACAGAGUAUUCUUCUUCCCCUUAAAAACGGCUUUUUCUGGAGAAUGUGAUAAAUGGAUGGUUAGUAAUCCUGGGAGACCAAUCACAAUGAGAGAAAUGGCAGCGCUUUUCCAUUCAGCUUAUUCAAAAGUCGCUACAAUAGAGAUCUGUGAAAAAUCAUUUGAUUGUACAGGGAUAUAUCCCUACAAUCCUGAUAUUUUUACCGCAGCAGACUUUGCCCCGUCUGAAGUCACUGAUAAAUUUCAUUCAGAUGUAGACCGUCAAGGACAAGAGGAUAUAAAUAGAAAUGAAUUAAUAGAAUGGUCUGAUGAAGAUGAAAUACCACUGGCUGAAUUGCAGCGACAAGAAAAACAAAAAAUAACAAUAGAAAAAGAAAAUAGGACACCAACAAAUAGUCCAAUAUUUAAUCAAAAUCAAAAAGAAUAUGCAAAUCAGAGUCCACGACACAGUUUAUCUUCUGUUAAAUUAAAUGAAUCUGACCCAUGUUGUUCUGUAACACCCAAAAUGAUUCUACCGCUGCCAAAAGCUAAAUACGAGCAAAUUAGGAAAACAAAAUCUAAAAGGUCUGAAAUUCUGUCCUCUACCCCAUAUAAAGAACAUUUAUUAGAACAGACAGAAGAAAAACUAAAGGCACAAAAGGGAAAAAGAAAAAUUCUCAAGUGUAAACAAGCUUCAGCAACUAAAAUAGACAACACUAUCUGUCCAGGAUGCAAUGAAAAUUUUAGUUACUCUGAUUGGUUAAUGUGCCGUGUUUGCCAAACUUGGUGGCAUGAGGACUGUUCUAAUUAUCUUGGAAGUGGUAGUUUCUUAUGCGAUUUAUGUGACAAGUAAUUUUAACGAUUGGUUAACUCGUACAAUUAGAAUGCGUACUCUUAGGAAUUUACGUGCGAACUCUUAGGGGAAUAUUCACCAAAGAGUACGCAUUUGCAUGUUUUUAUUUAAACUUAGAUAUUUUUGUCAAAUACAUUUUUAAAUUACUUUUGGAAUGUUAUAUGUUUAAAUUAAUGCAUGUUUUAUAAUUUCCUAAAUAUACUUCAACCUUAAAACGACUUUGUUUCAAUGUUAUUCAGCAAUAAAUAUUAAGUGCGUACU